CGUUCUUCUUUUUCGCCCUCGGCUCUCGGCGCUUUCUCCUGUUUCCAUUCUCUACUUUCACGGUCAAAAAGGUCCCGCUGAUCUUUCUAAAUUAUUUACUUUCACCCCCAGCUGUUUAUGUACUGUGUUGUGUUGUCCCCUGUGCAGCUUGUUGUGCUUUGCGCCUCUUCUUGCUCUUCGUCUUUUCAUCUCCGUGUGAAUUUGGGUUCUUUCAAUAUAAGAGAAGGAUAAGAAAAUGUACCCACGAAUGAUUCAGACCCACCUCGAAGGUGGUUUAGUUGCUCAGGAAGACAUCCCAAUUCAGGGUGGUGGUGGUCGGGGAGACCCAUGUCUUGUCUUGACUUCCGAUCCCAAACCUCGCCUCCGUUGGACUGCUGACCUUCACGAACGUUUCGUUGACGCCGUCACUCAGCUUGGUGGUGCCUCUAAAGCUACUCCAAAGGCCAUUAUGCGGACAAUGAAUGUGAAGGGAUUGACUCUGUUCCAUUUAAAGAGUCAUCUCCAGAAAUAUAGGCUGGGUAAGCAAUCGGGGAAGGAUAUGGGUGAGGCAUCCCUAGAUGGGAUGUCAGCUUCAUGCCUUCUAGAAAGCCCUAGUACUGGUAAAUCAUCUCCGAACUUGCCAACUUCUGAUCAUGAUGGUUAUGAAGUCAACGAGGCAUUGAGAACACAAAUGGAAGUGCAAAGUAAAUUACAUCUCCAGGUCGAGGCUGAGAAGCAUUUGCAGAUCCGACAGGAUGCAGAACGUAGAUAUAUGGCCAUGCUUGAAACAGCUUGUAAAAUGCUUGCUGAUCAAUUUAUUAGUGGUGCAGUUAUCAACACAGAAGGCCAGAAAUGUCAGGGAUUUGUGAAUAAGGCACCAAGAAAUUCUUCUCUUGACCAUCUUGGCUUCUACUCGUUACAGUCCCCUCGCGUGGCCGGAGUGCAUGGCUCGGAAGAAGAAGUUCCGCCUAGCCUGCAUCCCCAAAGGGCUGAUUGUUCCACUGAAAGCUGCCUAACAUCACAUGAGAGUCCAGGAGGAUUGACUUUGGAAGGAUCUCCAGGUGGAGGGCAGAAAAGGAUGCUAGGCUUGGACUCAACUACUGCAUCUUUGAUUUGGGGUGAAGGCAAGAUGAAAUCCCAAGACAUCAAUGUGGCGCAAGUUAAUCCCCGUUCAAUCACUGGAUAUGGGAUUUAUUACGUAGCCCGAGCCUAUUGUUUCUUUAUAUUCCUCGUGCCUCCAAAUUCUGGUAGAUUUAGCGUGAUCGGUGGUCAUAUGUAUCAGCCAAAGAGUGUUAAUAAUUUAAGCUUAGUCCGAAAAAACUCGUUAGUUCAUGGUCAGCAUUUAGAUUGUGUUACCAGCACAAUGGACCCAAUCAAUGGAGCCAACAAUCUUAACAAGCCGAGUCUUGCCUCAAAGCAACGCUUGCGUUGGACACAUGAGCUUCAUGAACGUUUUGUUGAUGCUGUAGCACAACUUGGUGGGCCAGACCGAGCUACUCCCAAAGGUGUCCUCAGAGUAAUGGGCGUUCAAGGUUUGACAAUAUACCAUGUCAAAAGCCACUUACAGAAAUACCGGCUUGCAAAAUACCUGCCUGACUCAUCUGAUGGGAAAAAAGCUGAUAAGAAAGAAAGUGGAGAUACGCUUUCAAAUUUGGAUAGUUCAUCUGGGAUGCAAAUAACUGAAGCACUCAAGCUGCAGAUGGAAGUGCAGAAGCGAUUGCAUGAACAAUUAGAGGUUCAGAGACAGCUGCAGCUACGUAUAGAAGCCCAGGGAAAAUACUUGAAGAAGAUAAUCGAGGAGCAACAACGACUUAGUGGAGUUCUUUCUGAAACAUCUGAUUCUGGGGUCCCAGGUCCAGUAUCAGGUGACAAUUGCCCAGAUUCCGAAAACAAGACUGACCCAGCAACCCCUGCCCCAACUUCUGAGGCUCCCCUACAAGACAAGGCUGCCAAUGAACGUGCCCCAGCCAGCCUUUCCAUUGAUGAAUCCUUCUCUUCGCGUCAUGAACCAUCGACUCCAGAUUCUGGUUGCCAUAUCAGUUCCCCAUCCGAGAGUUCCAAAGAUGAAAGAUUGAUUAAGAAGCAAAGAGUCCUUACGGGUGGAUCAUAUGCUAAAUCAGAAAUGGUGCUUCCACAUCAGAUACUUGAGUCAAGCCUGAGCUCCUCGUACCCGCAGCCACCCUCCAUUUUUCUGUCUAGAGAGCAGUUUGAACCUUCGUCUGGUAUAUCAAUCAGGAAUGAUGAUCACAUGGAAAAGCUUGCAGGCAGUGAGCUGUAGUUGCCAUUGCAUUUUCCCUUGCCUCUGUAGUUUUUUCAGAGAUAUAUCUCUAAUUAGGUCAAAUAACUGUGUCACAAAUGUUCUGGGAUGAUUAGAUUUCAGCAUCAAGACGCUACCAUGAGAGACGAUGUUGGUUAAAUUUAGAUAAUUGGUGUAAACAGGUAUUGGGAUUCGGUUCAAUUAUCAGGUGCUAUUUUUAACAUCGACACCCAAGUUUCUGAAUGAUAAAUUAUGAUCCCUUGCAAUUCAAAGGAACUACAGCAAAGAAUUGCAGGUACGGUCAAAACCUUGUAUGUUUCUUUUCACAUAUUUAAUGACUAAAUUAAAACCCCAGUUUCCAAAA